AGGGAAAAAGUGGUGUAAAGUGUCUGAGUCGCGAACCUGCAGCUGGAGUGUAUGAGGGGAGACAGUAAGACAGAAGAGGCGCAGGUGGGGGGAGCAGUGCAGCCCCUCUCGGGGUGUUUUUGACUGAACAUGGAGGAAAACAGCAGCUCCCUUCGUUUCUAUGGGACGCGUCACGUGACCCCGAGUUCGGCUCGUGACACACGGACGCAGGCUCGAGGGACGAAAAACUUAACCGUCAGUCAGACAGACUAGCAUCCACAGCGGGAGGAGGAGAGAAAAACAGCCCCAGAGAGGAGAAGGAGCGAUAGGAGGAGGGCGGUGGAGCAGCCCGGCUCGGAAAGGUCGUUUUAGUGGCUUUAGCGGGUCUGUUUCUGUUCAGAGGAGCGGUGGGCUUCGCCGCCACAGCUCCCCUCGCUCACCGGACUCGCGCUCCGCCGCGGGGACGAGCAGUAUCAGACCGACCCCAGAUGCUGACCUAGAGUCCACCUCCCCACCGCUCAUUGGAACAGAACUGCUGUAUUCUGUGCUGCUGUUGGGUCCUGCACUGUCCUGUUAGGGUCAUGUCGUCUCUCGUCCCUGAAUGGCUGGGAGGGCUCCGCCUCGAGCAGUACUGCCCCACCUUCCGGGAGGCGGGCCUCCAAACAUUGUGGGAUUGUCGGGAGCUGAACGCUGCUCAGCUGGAGCGCAUGGGCGUGGCCUUGCCGGGACACAGGAAGCGCAUCCUGGGAAGCCUGCAGAAGCUCUUCCCCUCAGAACGAGGGAAUGAAGGAGAGACUGAGCGAGAGAAGGACGGAGACGAGGAGGAAAGACCCGUUCCAAUGGAAAGGACGAAGUUCCGAUCUCCAGGGGCGGCAUCAGAAUCGCUGGUGCACUUGUCUCAAACCGGGAAAGUCCGGAAUCUGAGCCAGAACGUUGCCUCUAAUCUCGGGACGCAGGACAAAGCUCCUCCCCCCAUUCCCCCUCGGCAGACCCUGAACCGUCCGCCUGUACCUUUUACACCCAUUUCUGUUACCGCGGCGACAACCGUCAGCCCUGUAUCCGUGAGUGCCAGCUGUCCAGUGUCUCCGACUAGCACAGGUUUACAAGUAGCCAAGCCCGUGCUAGCCCCUGCCACUCAAACCAGGCCGACGCCUACUCCGAGGCCACGCCCGGAAAGCCUGCCUCUUAAAGAGACGGUGCCCAAGCAAGACAAAAAACCUUCUCCCAUCUCCCCCUCGGUCUCUUCUUCCUCGUCAACGUCGCCCUCGUUGUCAUCUUCUUCGGAGCAGUUCCACCUCUACGAGCAGUGUUCUUCCCCUGGACAGGCCGAGAAGGGCAUACCCCCUCUACCUCCCAAAUCUUACUCCAUCGGGACCCCCAAAGAGGCUAAGGUGACUCCUCCUGGGAGACCUAAGCGCAGACCCCCCAUACCACCUCGCGGCUCCACCACCUGUAACACCACGGCUCCACCCAAAAGCCCACCCACUCUCAGCUCCUCUCCAGCAGAUGAUCUUUUGGAUGCGGAUCAAGCUCCGCACGUCCCACCCCGACCCAAAUCUCACCAGGAAAGCCCCAAGAAAGGAGUUCCUUUAACCCCCUCUCAGAGCAGGCUGGUGGACUCUUCGGACAGUUCAGAUGAGUAUGAGGACUUGCACAUGGACAAAUGCGGAAACGGUGAUCCCUUAGACAUGGCAGACAAGAGCACGUUCCUGCUGGUUCCUGGCCAGUCUAAGCCCCGCUACAACAGCCUGUGCAGUGACGAUGAACUGCUUGAGGAUGAGGGUGACCUCUGUUACGAACCUGUGCCGGACAAGAGAGAUUUGUGGAUCGAGGACUACGGCUCACUUCCCAGCUCUCAGAACAGCAUCUAUCUGCCAACCACAGGACAGGUUUUAGCCCAGCCCCCCAAAGCAGACUCCACCCCUCAGCUCACUCCAGUCAUUAAGAUGGGCUGGCUAGACAAGAACCCUCCACAGGGGUCACUGAUCUAUCAGCGGCGCUGGGUCAAACUGGACGCUGAUUACCUGAGAUACUUCGACAAUGAAAAGGAUGUCUAUUCAAAACGCAUCAUACCAACCUCCUCCAUCACGGGGGUGGCUAAUGUGGGAGAUCAGAAGUUUGAAGUAGUCACGCACAAUCGGACGUUUCUUUUCCGAGCGGAGUGUGACUCUGAGAGGAAUGAGUGGGUGUCAGUGCUGCAGGAUAUGACAGGUCCAGCUCGUGCAAGAGUGAGCAGAGAGUUGACCCUUAACCCCUUGGUGACUUGUGAGAUGAAAGGUUAUCUGGAGCUGCGGGGCCUGCGCUCCAAACUCUACACCGUGGUGUGUGGAGACAAAGUCUUCCUCUACAAGAACGCUGAGGACUAUAAGCUGGGCAUUGGGAUUACAUCUAUAGACAUGAAUGUGGGGAACGUGAAAGACAUGGACAGAAGAGCGUUUGACCUGACCACUCCCUACCGUAUAUUCAGUUUUGUAGCAGAGACUGACCAGCUAAAAGACCAGUGGGUGGAGGCCAUGCGCAACUCCAUCGCAGAAGCACUGUCCAAUUAUGAGGUUGCUGAGAAGAUAUGGGGGGAGCCAGCCAAUCAGAAAUGUGCCGACUGUGGUGCCAUCCAACCCGAGUGGGCAGCCAUCAAUCUGUGUGUGGUCUUCUGCAAACGCUGUGCAGGAGAGCACCGUGGUCUCGGCCCCAGCAUAUCAAAAGUACGGAGUCUGAAAAUGGACAAGAAAGUGUGGACUGAUGAUCUAAUCCAGCUGUUCCUGGUAGUGGGCAACGAUCGAGCCAAUCAGUUCUGGGCGGCUAACGUCCCUCCUAGUGAGGCGCUGAGUGCGUGCAGUAGCAGCGAGGAGAGACGGCGCUUCAUCGCAGCUAAAUACCGCGAGGGGAAAUAUCGGCGUUAUCACGCGCUCUUCGGCAAUCAGAAAGAGCUCGACAACGCGUUGUGUAUAAACGUCCAGUCUAAUGACGUUUGUGAGACUCUGGCUCUGGUGUUUUGCGGUGCUGAUGUGAACUGUGACACGGGCAACCCUGACCACCCCUCUCCUGCUGCCCUGGCAAUGCACCACGGACAAAACCUGCAGGUGGAGUUCCUCACGCAGAACCGCAACACAGAGAUUCCGAGGUCAGAAGUGAAGCUUGCUGUUCACGCAGAGCACUACAUGGCCCCGCCUUCCAUCACACACAAUGGCUUCCUCUUUAAGACCGCCUCCAUGGCCCGUCCAAUCACAGAGCGGAAGAACAAAGAAGAGUUCAGCAGGCGUUGGUGUGUGCUGAACGAUGGCAACUUUAAUUACUACGAGAGUGAUAAGAUUGCCACACCCAACGGCGGUCUGAAGAUGAGAGAAAUCGUCUGUCUGGCCGUCAAUCCUCCUGAGACACACGGGUAUGAUCACUCGUUUGAGAUCUACUCGGACGCAGAGCGCCUCUACCUUUUCGGCACUGACAAUCCUGAGACCAUGAAGGAAUGGGUCAAAUCCAUUGCCAAGUCCUUCAUCCCUGCGUGUGCGGAGGACUUGCUGCAGAAGGAUUUUGAGAGGAUCGGCCGGUUGCGCUAUAAAGACCCACUCAACUUGGAGAGCUCUAAGGUGGGCUGGUUCUGCCUGGUGGCCUCCACCCUGCACGUGUGCCUGGAGGAUGGCCAUGGCCAGGAAACCAUCCACCUGCAGAAGCUUCUAGAACUCUCGAGGGAUAAUGAAGUUCUGGUGCUUGUUGAGCGGGGCAGGACCCUGUACAUAGAGGGUGAGAGGAAGCUGGAUUUUUACGGCUGGGCAUCAGCGAUCGAGAGGGCUGCUGGGAGUUCUGGAGAUACGCUGAGUCAGCAGCAGCUCACCGAGGCCGACAUACCGGUUAUAGUGGAGCGCUGCAUUCACUACAUCACACAAUACGGGCUGACGUCUGAGGGUAUCUACCGUAAGAGCGGUGUGAACAGUAAGAUCGCCGCCCUGCUGGAGGCUUUCAGGCGGGACGCUCGCUCUGUGUGGCUGAAAGAGGGGGAGCAGCAGGUGGACGACGUCUCCAACGUCCUGAAGAGGUUCUUCAGGGACAUCGAAGAGGGCCUGUUCGGCCAACAAACACCCAACUGGCUCAGCACUACAGCUGUUUCGGAUGAAAGCAGGAAGAUCUCUCAGUAUCAGUUACUCUUCAGCGACUUGCCUAGAGUCAACAAAGCUACACUACGCACGCUGGUCAAUCACUUAUACUGCGUUCAGCGCUUCUCGGAACUGAACCAGAUGAACCUUCAUAACCUGGCCAUAGUGUUUGGGCCGACGCUGUUCCAGACGGACGGUAAAGACUACAACGCCGGGCGUGUGGUGGAGGACCUCAUUCAGCACUACAUCACCAUAUUCCAUGUCAAUGAACAGCAGUUGAAGACCCAACUUGACGAGAUCACGUACAUCAUUAAGCUGAGAGACAACCUCAACCCUAAAACGGGGCCGGUGGGUGUGCAUGCCAGUGGUGACUUUAUCUGUACAGUGUAUCUGGAGGAGAAGAAGGAGACGGCGGAGCAGCAUGUGAAGAUCCCUGCUACUAUGACGGCAGCUGAGCUGACAUUUGAGAUUCUGGACCGGCGGAAAAUCACAGUGAAAGAGAAGGACUACUGGUGCUGCUUCGAGGUCAACGAGAAAGAGGAAAUAGAACGUCCACUGCACUAUCAGGAACGUGUGUUACCCAUCCUGCACUCUCUGGGCACAGACAGCCACCUACUGGUGAAGAAGAAUUACUACAUGGAGGCCAUGCUGGUCUACCUGGCCAGUAAGGUGGAUGUGACCAAGCAUGGCAUGCUGAAGUUCAGAGAGGAGAAGAGUCUGCUUGGUCUGACCACCGGCAGCUUCAACGACAGAUACUUCAUGCUCAACCAGACAUCACUCCGACUCUACAAAGAUGUCCGGAGUAAUCGAGCUGAGAAGGAGUGGCCAGUCAAGUGUUUAAAGGUGUAUCAGGGCAUCAAGAAGAAGCUCCGCCCCCCAACCUGUUGGGGUCUCACUGUUGUCUAUGGGAGUGAAAAAACAGAGAAGCAGGAGAAACAGCAGUGGUAUCUCUGCUGCGACACUCAGACUGAGAUGAGAGAAUGGUUCGCUACGUUUUUGAGCAUACAGCACGCAGGGUUGCUCUGGCCGGCGGAGUGGGUGAAGUCUCGAGCCGCGAGUCGCUCGACGCCGCUGGACGCUCGCCUUGGUAACGUCUCCCUCAUUCCUCUCCGUGGCAGCGAGAACGAGAUGAGGAACAGCGUGGCUGCUUUCACUGCCGAUCCCCUCUCUCUGUUUGGAAAUCUAUGACCACGAAGUAAAGGUGUCAGCUUAGAUCUUCUGAAUGCCGGUUCAUGGCCAAGCCUUUGUAGAUGAUUCUGGAAUAUAUGAACUAGUUGGACCAGUAGGAUCCUGUUUUAACAUAUUGAACUAUAUGGAGUAUUGAGGUCCAUGUACAGUCACUGACUUUGUCCUUCAACUCGUCUUCCAGGAAUACGUUUUGAUCCACAACUCCAAAUGUUUCACUCCAGUUAUUGUUUCCUGGAAUUAUUUCUGCACCUGAACUGUUGUUUGUCACGUUGGGGGUGAAGUUUACCUGACCAAGAAGGUUCCUUCACACACACACUGCCCUGGUGGAUUUCGGAAUAUGAUCUGUAAGUGUUCCUCGGACCGGUCUGAGAAAAAUAACAGGUUCUAAGAAGGUUUACUGGAUCUGUGCAUUAUGGACUGGACCUGCUGAACUGUUGUACAGCACUGUGUGGUUGUUACUCAUGUGAUAUGAACAGAAUACUAGUAUUGCAGUUCAUAUCGCUAAAGAUUGCAGCUGUGUUACACUUGCGAUACUUUAAAAAUGCAUUAGGGAAUCAAAAUAAUUAUCCUUUAGUGAGAUUACAUGACCCCUUGAUGAUUCAUCAAAACGCCCGCAGAAACUCAUCUAGAACUGUGAUUGGUUUAGGAUGCUCACAGCAUGAAGGAAACAACACUGUGAUUGGUCAGAGGCUCAUUUGCAUGUUGGCUUCUGGGCUGGCCCGGAUAUUAUAGACUUAGGUUACUUGAAUGAAUAUCUGAAAACAUGUUCUCAAAACCAACCUUGAAGAAACUAAUCUUUAUGUUUCAUAGUUAACUGUAAGCUAUUUAUUAGCUAAAUUUAAAAUAUUUUGGAAAAUCGUAAAAUGUGGCCUGUGCAGCAAUUAUGGAAUAUUUCAUAUGACCCCCCACCCACCCAAAUAGAUUAAACUCUUCAAAUAGAAUACAGAAAUUUGAGUAUUUCAACAGAAAUUUUGCACUAAAGUUUCCAAAAAUGUCACAUUUAAGUGUUUAAGUCGAGGGUUUUUCCAACCAUUGGACCACGGACCACAAGUGGGCCACAAGGAAGCACCCUCUGGUGGUCCUUGGGCCUAUAUUGAGGAGGGGCAGAGGUCAGUAGUGGGCUGGUGCAUACUUUUUUAAAAACAUUUUUAAAAAAUAUAAAACGUUUUCCAACAGUAAACAAGUUUACACUCCCCCCGACUCGUCCACUCACGGGUGGAUGGUAUAAGAUAUUUAACGAGUUAGUCUAUUUUGUUAAUAUUUCAGUGCUGGACACCCAAACAUAACGGUUUUCCAAAAAUGAAAUCUUUAAGCAACAAAGUUUAUUUUUCUGUGGCCUUCAUGCUUUCUAGUGAUAAACUGGUGGAUUUUGAGGUUGAGAAUCGUAGCUAUAGAGGAUGAAUUCCACUUGAAAACAACAAAACAUGCCACUUGUUUGUUUCAACUAUUGCACAUGACUACAUGUUCAUUACUGCAAAAUUGAUCCAGUAGGUAACAAAAAUGUAUUAAUAACGUACUGGUGAAUUAACUGAAGUCAGCCUGGUGUUGGCACAUAGGGUGAGGACUGCUGUACUGUAUUUGAGAUGAUUCAUCACACCUCCAUGAUGUACCAACCUCUCCAGUCUCUUUUUAAUCUUACCAAAUUCACAUUUUUUAGGCAUCUUUGCUCUUUUAGCAUCAGCGGUUGCUUGGAAAGCAGUGCAGUCUGUUGCGCUCUGAGGUGAGAUGAUGUGGAUGCCUGGCAUGAAUUUAUGAUGCAUUCAACUGAAUACCUCUUCUAUCUAAAGGCCUUUGCUGAUGGAUAUAGUGGCUUAAAAUAAGACAAAGCUUCCGAAUACUGAACAGAGAAACAAAUACGAGCGUCGGUAUUCAGGUUGUUCGGGCCAGCCCCAAAGCGCACGAUCGCGAUAACAGUAAACAGAUACAUUGUGCUGCCCUAAUUCACAGUGUUGUAAAAAUGAGCCUGCGGUGUGGCAGUGAGUCACUGUAUGUAGAUGGAUAUUUGCUGUUACUUUGUUCUCAUUUUAAUUUUUUUUGUUCUGUAAUUUUAAUUCUUCAUUAUGGAAGCAGUUCGUUUGAAUUUCGUUCAUAUUUAAAGGAAUGAAACACUUAGGGUUGGGUGAAGAGGGUAGCUGCAGGACUCUAGUGGAGCUGUUACUAAUCAUUAACGUCUUAACACAUAUAUCCAGACCUGACACACCGACACGGCCACUUCAUAUUCAGCUUCUCCUUAGGGGCACACACACACACACACACACACACACACCAACACACACACACACACACCAACACUUGCUUAUCCCUUCCCUGAGUUCUGUCUCUCCAGAUUAACUUGCUGAUUUUUAACGUUCUAUUAAAUUAUUUAUUUUUGUCUUCUUUUGUUCUGGAUGAUCAGCUCCUAUCACAUCCUGUCCUGUGCCUGAAAGGCAUGAAUUACAGGUUUUGAGAAGUUGUAUGUGUGACUGAGUGUAACCUGAGAGUGUGUUUGCACGUAUUUGGUGUCUUGUUUUGAUUUCUUGUUUCUUGUUUCUUUAUACGAUCGCAUGCACAGGUCUGAACAGUCGAAUCACAGUAUUUUGUUGAUUUUUCUAAGUGAGCGUAAGUUAGUACUGACAGAGCUAACUUAUUUACAGGGAUUUAUUUGCUGGGUUUAAUGUAACUUUCGCAGAGGCCACAUUUUAUGUUUGUUUUAUUUUUCCCCCAACAUGUUUUGUUCAGCCAGUAAAGAGUAACUGUGCAUUAAAAUGUCUGUUCACCCAUUUCCACUUAGAAAAAUCAACAAAACAUGAGGGGCGAACAACUUCUGCACACAACUGUAUAUUGGACUGUGCUUAGCUCUGAUUACAAAGGACUUACAAAUAAUUUACACUGAUUUAAUUAAAAGAAUAGUAAAUAUUUAGCCUAAUGAUGCUUCAGGAACGAGUGCAUCGGCCUCAUAACAGGCCCGAGUAUUCAGCUACGUCGGACAUGAAGAAGCUGUUCGUCCUCAAUCACUGUUUAUAAAUGUUUACUUGUAAAAGGGUUAUGAAGGAAUACAGUAACAAAUAACUCUUCUAACAUGGCUAACAUUCUCCAAAAGCUACCCUAAUUAUGGGAUUUACACCAAUGCUGGUUUGGUUAAUCCUAGCUUUCACUUUUCAGUUAGCCUUGCUAGCAAUUGGUUGGAUACCUCUGUUAAUUAGCUUCCAAUCAAGAACUGAAAAAAACUGCUGUCAAGCCAAUCAGCAUCCACAAGCUUGAAAGGCUGCUGGGAGUGCUUUCCACUGGAGUUGCUCACUAGCGCCACCUGCUGGUGAAUACCUACUUUAAUUGUACUUUGACUUAGAUAACAUGCUAAGCUGAAUGGUAUUCAAUGGCUAUCGGUAAGUCCAGAUCGGUAAAUGUGAUUUCUUCAAGUAGAAGACCACUUAUUGGUGAAACAACAUCCUUUUUAACUAGUCAUUAAAUGCACACUUUUAGUGGUCUAAUCUAACAUUAGCUAACUGACUGGGGAGCACGUUCAGGUCUUAAAAUGUGCAGAAAACAUUUGUUCAGUCAGGAUUGACUGAACAGUGAGUUUUCCACCAUGGUAUCUGGGUACGUCCAGCCAAGCUAGCCUACAAGUUCUGCCAACAUGAAUACCUAUCAAAAUAAUUAACUGCCAGUGGAAUUGAUUUCCAAUGUGUGAGACCAACUUUGUGAGGAAAGAAAUGUCACUCUAAGUCUUCUGGAAGUCCCAGGUAUGAGACACACUGCUAAUACUAGCUUAACAAGGUUCCUGUUAGUUAUUAGGAGUGGAAAACAGCAGCAGUUUUAUGCCAGAACUCUUUACUAAAAGUCAGUGUAAAACUGCGACAUGCAAGGUAAAAUAUAUGUUAACGUCUGUCAGAAACGCCAGAUAGAACAUAUGGUCAUGUCUUUACAAACUUCAAAUGUUUGUGUUUAUUCUAGAACAUGCUAUAAGAAAUCCACUAACAGAAAUUAAUAUUAUAUAGCGUUUUUUCCCUCAUUCUCUGGGAUUUAUGAUGCAAACUGGAUGUCAAGCUCUAAUAGUUAGUCUUCCACUGUAUUUUACAAAUUUAUGUUUAACAGGAAAUUUAAAAAGGCUGUUAAUAUUCAACUGCAACUAAAUAUGAAUAAUUAAACUUUUUUUUUUGAAUAAUGAACAAGCUGUAAUGCAGAAAUAGAUGCAGAAAUUGACUGGGGUGAUGAUGUUGAGGGAUGUUUUAUCAUGUUUUACUUGAAGAAAUCACAUUCACCAGGAAAAGUCUUGUGCAUAAAAAUUGAAAGAAUGGUUUAAAGAUCAGUGUAAAGCCCAAGUGUACCCACCAGCGUGGUAGACCUGGGCUGCUACUGGCUAAUAGGGCCAGACAGAGGUGUUGGACCAGCACUGCACAUAUGCAUUUCAGAAAAAUUACAGAGGUGAUUUUAAAGAAAGAAUUUGAAGAAAAACUCCCAACAAUUUUGCUCAAAAAGCUAAGGCUAAGACGGCUAAGAUACAAGCGUAAUCAUUACCUCUCAUUAGCUUCCAUGUGGCCACUUUCAGGUUUAGAAUGACGAGAACAAUCCAACAUCGCAUCCUUAGGUUAGUCUGGGAGUUAUGAGUAUUUUAGUGCAUUCACUACAACAUGUUUAGUAUACAUUGCUGUGUAUGUAUUAGCAUGGUGGCUAGUGUUGUAGCUGUCCUAGUUUCUAUCAUUCUGUCUGUGUUUCUAUCAUUUAUCUAACCUCUAUUUUGGUGUGUCCUUCUGUGCCGUCUGGAAGCCAAUGGGAGGUCACCAUAUCUUUUCACCACAUCUUACUUUACAAGCAGGCUUUUCACAAGAAAGUACCAACAUUGUGCAAAAAUGAUGUGACAGAUGGGAAAAAGUGAGAAAACAUUAGAAUUUUUCUAAUAGAAAUCGAUGUAAACGUAUGAAGGACAAGCAAAUCUGCUAAUGGUUUGGGAGCGGAACUUUAUAAGACUACCUGAACUAAUAACAGGCUGAAUUAUCUUGCGGUUAGAUUAUUAAUCCCAAGAUAAAAUUAUAUUUAAGCCUUAUGUACAUGUAAUAGGUUAUUAGUUUCACAGUAGGAAGCAGUCCCUGCUGUUCUUUACCGGGGUCCAGAUUCCCGGCCUGUAUGUAGCGUGUUUUCAUAGCUGGCAAUAAACCAAUAUUUUAAAGAAAAUGAGAUGCUGUUAAGUUUUAACUUCUACUUUCCUUACAUCUGCAUGUUUUUUUACAGUGUUUGUGUUGUUUUGUGUUAGUAGUUUCAAUUCCUUCUUUUUAAGGACUUCAUGAGAUUUAAAAAUGUUUAUUCAUUCAGUGUUUAACCUGUACAGAUUUAAGUGCGUAAUCCUUCUGUGGAUAUUAAUUUGAUAGGAAGAAAUUAAACAAUCAAGAGUCGAGUCA